AUGCGAGGGAAUAUGGGGAGACUGUCGGCAGCACUGGCAAUAUGUGCCAAUGCUUUUGCAGCAACUGUCAGUUCAGAGUUCCUUGUCGCCUCUGCUGGCGACGUUGCGAUUAUCCCAGGGUGGCAUCUUCAGUCAGUGACCAGAGUACCAGACAACAUGACUGCAUUAUCCGCUCCGGGGGCAGAUAUCUCAUCAUGGUACAGGGUCGGUGCCCGGGGCACUGUCAUGGCUGGACUCAUCGAGAACGGGGUAUACAACGAGACGGAUGUGUUCUUCUCAGACAAUAUGGAAUCUGUCGCCAAUCCCUCGAUCUUCGACAAGCCAUGGCUUUACCGCGAAGAGUUUACAUUAAACCCAGCAACUGGCCAAUACUUCACCCUCAAAACCCACGGAAUUACAUCCAAGGCAGAUAUCUAUCUGAAUGGGGUGCUCGUCACGAAAAGCGACCAGCAGCAAGGCUCCUAUGGCGGCAAUCAGUACGACUUGACCGACCAUGUCAAGAAAGGCGCAAAUUGCCUUCUCAUUCGUGCUUAUCCGACAAACUAUCUUCGCGAUUUUGCCAUGGGGUUCGUGGACUGGAAUCCCUACCCAGCAGACAAUGGUACCGGGGUCUGGCGGCACGUAGACCUUGCUCAGACCGGAGCGGUCUCAAUGUCACCACUUCGCAUCAUCCAUAAUUUUGCUGCCCCCAAAAAUGAGCCGGUGAAGGUCACUUUGCGAACUGACUUGAUCAACCAUGAAUCCAUAGACCACCGGGUCGUGGUAAGCGGCACUAUCACAGGACCAGAUGGUCAUGAAGUUGCCCAAUUCAAUGAGGCGUUCGCUUUGACUUCAAACGGGAAAGAAACGGUCGCCUUGAAUGUGACAAUUCCCAAUCCUGCUAUUUGGUGGCCUGCAACUUGGGGUGAGCAGCCUUUGUAUACAGUACAGGCCGAUGCCAUCAUGCAGGAACCUCGAAAGACCGUGUCGGAUAGCUCAAAUCGUCGACAGUUCGGCAUUCGUCAUGUGUCAUCUAACUUGAAUCGCUUUAAUGACACCGAAUUCUUUGUCAAUGGCGAGCGCUUCCAGGUCAUUGGAGCCGGGUAUGGACCGGAUAUCUUCCUACGAUUUGACGUUGAAAAAGUUCGGACAAUGUUCAGAUACAUGCUAGACAUGGGUCUCAACACUGUGCGCUUGGAGGGAAACCAGGAGCACCCUGAACUUUAUGACCUCGCCGAUCAGAUGGGAUUGAUGGUUCUGGCCGGAUGGGAGUGCUGUGAUAAAUGGGAAGCGUGGGAGUACAAUCAUGAUGCCAACGGCGUCAAAUGGAGUGAAUCGGAUUAUCCGAUUGCAGGAGCUGCGAUGCUACACGAGGCAGAGAUGAUGCAAAGCCAUGCGUCGAUGCUUGGAUUUCUGGUCGGAUCAGACUACUGGCCAAAUAACAAAGCGACGGAGGUCUACCUGGAUGCUCUCAAAGCUAUGGAUUGGCCUAAUCCGAUCAUUGCGUCCGCCAGCAAGCGUGGAUAUCCCAAGGCCCUUGGACCAUCCGGGAUGAAAAUGGACGGCCCAUACGACUGGGUACCUCCGAACUACUGGUACAACGACCAACAGGGAGCAGCAUUUGGCUUUGGCUCCGAACUGGGUGCUGGAGUUGGAACUCCGGAGAUGGGCAGCCUGAAGAAAUUCAUGUCCGAUGCUGACCUCGACACCCUGUGGAAGGAACCAGAUGCGAAACUGUAUCACAUGUCCCGAUAUGAUUCACAAUUCUACGACCGUUCCAUUUACAACAAGGCUCUCUUUGCUCGCUACGGGAAGCCAGCUAGUCUGGAGGACUACAUCAUCAAGACUCAAAUGGCAGAUUAUGAGGCUACCCGAGCCCAAUUUGAGGCUUACUCAACGCAACAAAAUGCCAGUCGACCAGCCACAGGACUUAUCUAUUGGAUGUUGAAUGGUGCCUGGCCAAAUCUGCACUGGCAGCUGUUUGACUACUAUCUCAGCCCGAUGGGAGCUUACUAUGGCACCAAGGUUGGAGCGCGCCUGGAACACGUUGCUUAUGACUAUGAGAACCAAAGUGUUUGGUUGAUUAACCAUUCACUUGAAAAGAAAGGCGAUCGGCAGAUCUUGGUUGAUUUGAUUGAUGGCAAUGGCAGGAAAAUCUCCAGUGAGAAAGUCAAGGCCACUACAAACCCGCUUUCCUCCAAGGUGGUGACUUCGCUUGGUGCCGUGGAUCAGAUCAAAGAUAUCGCUUUCCUCCGUCUUAUCCUCACCGAUUCCAAGACAGAAGAGGUCCUCAGUCGGAAUGUGUACUGGCUUUCUCCUACCAUUGAUGAAUUGGAUUGGUCCGAGUCCGAUUGGUUCUACACACCAGUCGCCAAGUUUGUCGACUACACCAAGCUGAAGGAAUUGAAUACGGCUACUCUGAAAGCUUCGGUGAAUGUUUUGAAGACGCCGUCAGGAGAUGGAUUGACUCACGCCGAGGUCGUGCUUGAAAAUCAAUCCUCGAGCCCAGCAGUUUUCAUUCGGCUUAACGCUGUCAAUGCACUCAGCCAGCAAGACAUAGCCCCUGUUUAUUGGUCCGACAACUACGUGACUCUCUGGCCGAAAGAGAAGGUUCGCGUGACUGUCGCUUUCCCCGAGGAUAUCCAGCGAUCUUUGAUCGAGAUCACAGGAAGAAAUGUGAAAAAGAUGAGCCUGGAAAUACACAAAUGA